AUGGAGUUCAUCGGCUUGCAAAUGAUGGUGACGCUAAGGCAACCUCCCGGCACGAUGCUGAAGGGCACCGUGAGCGCCAUACAGGCUGGCAACAGCCUCACGCUCAGCAACGUCUUUACCCUUGGAACGAACCACUGGAUGCCCAGAGUCGUCAUUGAUGCUGCCAACAUCCUCGAACUGUCGGAAUUCAAGGAGGAGGCCGCGUCCAACACCUUUACUGCGCCAGGUCUUGGUCCCGUUCCCGCUCCCGUCAUCACCCAACCCGCGCAACCGGCCUUCACGGACCCUGCGAUCCUGAGUAUGGGGAAUCGCCCUGGCUCCGAUAUGAGAAGCGGAAGCGAGAAGCAGACUCUACCAGAAGUUAUACCUCAGACCACUGCUGCCGAAACCAAGGAUCCACGGCCUGGGCAGCCGGGGGUUCUCUCUGCUGUGCACCUCAUGGGGGGCUCUCGAGACGACGUAGUGAGUCUUAGCGAGACUUUGCAGGAAUUGGACGUGGAGGAGCAUACCCCUACAGCGAGGCAAUAUGCGGCGGAGAGCAGCGGAGUGCCGCAGGAUGCCCACGAGGUCCAGGGCCAGCCGCAAAAGAAGAAGAACCGGCGGCGAGAGAAGCAACGAGCUCCCCGGAAUAGCACGGCAGACGAAACCAUCCCAGAAAUCACUCCGAUGCGCGGCAACGCAGCAACCCGUGGGAAGGGAUGGAGACAAACGCCCAUGCUGCAGAGCUCGCCCUCGUUUCAGCCCUUCAACUCGUUGAAGCGCGGUAUUAAGGGGAAGAAGGACCUUCCUGAGAAUGGCUGGGCUUCUGAAGAUGUCACAGAAGAGAUGGCCGAGUUCGACUUUGAGAACAACCUGGCCAAGUUCGACAAGCGCACCAUCUUCGACCAGAUGCGUAAGGAAGAUCUGAUCGACGAGGCAGACCGCUUGGUCUCGCACAACCGCCGACCCAAGCCUGGAACUGCCGGAGGCAAAAACUUUCAUUACUCGGAGAAUGUGCUCGAGAUGCCGUCUGUGUCAUCAAACGCGCAUCAGGACUUCUGGAACAGCGAGGCUGACGAUGCCGCCAACGGAGUUGAUCGACUGAGCGGGCGUGAUGUCCGGAGUGCGCAGAGUAGCCGUAGGGCGGACAGCAAAUCAGGGGCGACUAGGAGAUCGCAGUCGCGGAAGGCAAGCGCGCAACUCAACAGCCAGCCCCUGAAUCGCGUCAACUCCAACCAUAUUACGCAGGCAGGCUUCUAUCUUGUGCCGUCAAACCGACGCCUUGAAACCGUUUCGGCUCUCCAGAUGCUCAACCUGGAGAACAUUGCGGCCAAUGAGAUUGGACUCACGGAAGACAUGAUGGCCGAGAACGCAGGCCGAGGUAUCGCUGAAGUUACAUUGCGGGCGCUUGAAGACCCCGCGAUACAGGUCCGGUUUGGCACUGGUGGUGCCAAUGCUCAGAACAACAGCUUGGCGGCGUCUGCUACAAUCGUCAUUCUCGCCGGCAACAACAAGUCCGGCAUAAGAGCCAUCUCAGCAGCCCGGCAUCUGCGGAACAAGGGCCUCAAUAUACUCGUGUGCGUUGUCGGCAUCGAGCGCGAGCGUGACCUGCUGGAAGACAUGCGACAACAAAUCAGAAUCUUCCGGAACUUUGGGGGCCGCGUGCACAAUAAGCUCGAAUUAUUCGAACAGCUCCGAAAGACAGCCUCAACCCCAGCGACAUCAGUGUCCCUCAUCAUAGAUGCUCUCCUGGGCUUGGCGAUUUCAUUUGAAGAGCUGCGGACCGGGGAUCAGGCUACCGUGUACGAAUUGAUAGAGUGGGCCAACCGUAACGAGGCCUUCGUUCUCGCAGUCGACGUGCCAACUGGUAUCGACCCGUCGACCGGCAAAGUCAGCAUCAUCGAUGGCGGUCGUCUCUACGUAAAGCCUCGUUACGUGGUGGCGAUGGGCGCCCCGAAGAAAGGACUGCUUGAAGCAAUGGCUCCUGUUUCGGACUCGGAUCCUACUGGCGCCGAGACCGCCGCUGCUGAGGAGGAAGACUGGAAGUUGUUUAUCGCCGACAUGGGUCUUGGCGCUACGGUGUGGAAGAAGGCCGGAACCAAGAUCAGAAGAGGUAUCGAUUUUGAUGAUAAAUGGGUUCUGCAGAUGCGAUACCAACCGCCGCACUCACAGGACUAA